ACAUCCGUUGAGCGAAUCCUUACAUCCGCUGGCCUUGUCGAGGGUGGGGUGGGGUGGGGUGGGGUGGAAUGGGGUUGGGGGGUAGGGGGAGAGCCGGGUUCCGGGGUAGCAGAGCUAUCCCGGAACAGGUGGUCUCGAGUUGUAUUUAAAUAUAUACAUAUGUGAUAUGUGUAUAUAUGUAUAUGUAUCUAUAUAAUAUACAUGUAUAUGUAUAUAUAUGUAUGUGUACAAUAUAUAUUUAAUAUUUAUGUAUAUAAUAUAGUAAUAUGUAUAUGUGUGUAUGUAUAAAUGUAUAACAUAUAAUGUGAUGUAUAUGUAGGUAUGCAUAUAUGUAAUAUGUAUCUGUGUAUGUAUGUGUAUGAUAUACAUGUAAUAUGCAUCAUAUAUAAUAUACAUGUAACAUGAUAUAUGUAUAUGUGCAGCAUAUAAUAUACAACAUAUGUAUGAGUUAUACAUAUGUGAUAUAUAGUAUAUAUGUGUAACACAUAAUUUGUAGGUAUGAGUUACAUAUAUGUACAUAUGUAAUAUAGUAUAUGAUAUACAUGUGAAACAUCAGUGUUAUAUGUGUACAUGUGUAAUAUAUAUGACAUACACAUGCAACGUAUAUGAUAUGUAUGAGUUAUAUGUGUACAUAUGUAAUAUGUAGUAUAUGUGUAACAUGUAUAUGUUAUGUGUAUUAUGUCUUGAAUUGUAUAAGAAAACAGGCAUAUGUACAUACAUAUAUAUAUAUAUAUAUAUAUAUAUAUAUAUAUAUAUAUAAAAUGUUUAACGGUCAGGUCGCUUACCAGUGCUCCUCCGUGGUCCGGGCUUCAGCUCACCCCGGUUCUCGCCCUGACCUAUCAGUGAUCUGUUGUCCUAUGGAACUAUACAUUGAAAUAAAACCCUGCUGCUUGGGGCCGUGGUGCUGCAUUGCAGCAAGGGAAACCUUGAGACGUCCUACCUCUCAGAGGACUGCGAACAACCCUGCCGUGUCACCCAUGAGCAUACAUCUAAAAGGACUUAUUCAUUCCACUAUAGGGAUUCUUGUAUAUCCAUAUUCAUCACCUUUCAGCUCACAAUAACUGUGCUGUUGCCAGGAAGUGAACUUGGGACGUCCGGAAGAGCAGUCGGCAUGCUAACCACUGGGCCACCCCUCCAGCCCUCAGGUUCUCUCUCACACACACAGGAACGCUAACUCCAGGGUCUUUACGUGUGCAUUUUAAAUGAGGGCGGCCAUAGCGACCGGGAAAUGAGGGAGGGGCCAGCGAGGGGACGCGGACUUCGAGGGACAGGGGUGAGAAGGGGAUGGGAGAAGCUGGGGUAGUGAAGUGGGGUAGGAAUUCUCAUAUACGUACAUAAGAACUUAAAUAUGAAAUAUACAUGUAUACGUACAUAAGAAUUUAAAUGUAAAAUAUGAAAUAUACACGUAUACGUACAGAAGAUAAUAUAUACAUAAGAAUUUAAAUAUAAAUAUAUACAUACAUAUAAAACAUGUACAUAAGAAUUAAAUAUAAAAUAUGAAAUAUACACAUACAUACAUAAGAUUAUAUACGUACAUAGGAAUUUAUAAAAUAUGAAAUAUACACAUGUACAUAAGAAUACAUACAUAAGAAUUUAAAUAUAAGAUAUGAAAUAAACAUGUAUACAUACAUAAGAAUAUAUGCAUAUAUAAGAAUUGAAAUGUACACAUAUACGUACAUAAAACGUACGUACAUAAGAAUUUAUAAAAUAUACACGUAUACACACAUAAUAUAUUCGUACAUAGGAAUUUAAAUAUAAAAUACAAAAUAUACAUGUAUAUAUACAUAAUACAUGAGAAUUUAAAUAUAAAAUAUGAAAUAUACACGUAUACGUAAAGAGGAUAAUAUAUGCAUACAUAAGAAUUUAAAUACUGUCACUGCUACCACAGGGAGACAACGUCCCUACUGAAUACAAAUAAAUGUACAGCCCAGUGCCAGGAAGACGUCACCACUUUCGGAGGUUGCAGACUGGCUUUGCCCCGAAACAUUAUAUUAUUAUAGUAUUAUUAUAUAUGCCCCGAGACAUUAUAUUAUUAUUAUAUACGCCCUGAAACAUUAUAUUGUGUUAUUAUUAUAUAUGCCCCAAACGUUAAAUUAUUAUAUUAUUGUUACAGGCAAUUGCCGAUUUUUUGGCAAUUCUAUAUAAGUUGAUGGUUGAGACCCUGUUGCUGACCCUGUGACGUACGUGAAUCACAAAACAGGCACUGAGGAGGCUUCACAGUGCCGCAAGGUCACGUGUGUGCCAUUUGGGGAGUUAUUGAGCGACUGUAAUGGCUGGCGUGACAAAAUAUACAUGCAUGUAAACACACACGUGCCGGACACACGUGCAUGAACACAAACACACCCAUACACACAUAUACACGUGCUGGACAUACACGCACGAAAACACACAUACACGUGCCGGACAUACACGCAUGAAAACACACACACACACACACAUACGUGCUGGACACACGCAUGAACACACACACACGAGCCGGACACACACGCUUGAACACGCCCAUAGGGACCGGAAACAGCCAUUAUAACACAAGCGCACAUUAUCAAGUGGUCGAGUAAGAAGUGUUUUCCAGUACUUAAACAGCGUAGAAACGAACACAGGAAAUGACGCAAGUUCCCUGUUUACGUCCAUACGUAUAUAUAAAAUCGACAAAGGUGACACGGACUCUAUUAUCUCAAAGGCGGGGACACUUUGCGCACGCGUAGCCGCCAUUCCUCUGCUAUAGAGGCUCCAGUACACGAAAGACGCCUCACGGAACCUCACCGGGGACCGGAAACAGCAGCCCCACGCGCGGCUCCAGUACACGAAAGACGCCUUACGGAACCAGGUCGCUGGCUCCCACUUACAGGGGACCGGAAACAGCAGCCCCACACGCCGGAAAUAGCAGCCGCACACGCCGGAAACCGGCGGCGGGUGACGAACGCCCUUUCCUGAGCUCUUGAUCUGAAGUCGUGUCCUCUUGGUACUCCCUCCCCGGAAAUGGCCGCCAACGGUCAAGAAGACCGAAUUUUCGCGUACGUCCUGGUUUCGGUGCAGCUCAUAUUCCCGUUCCAGGAAGCAUUGGGAGAGAUAUAUACAUAUAUACUGUGUACAUUAUCUAUCGUCUUCUUUAGCCUGGACGGGAGCUACGCUAGAGAGUCCGGGGACCCCGACAGGAAGCGCGAGGCCCUGGACCUCGCGGAAUUCACGCGGAGGCAACCAUGGUGGCGUAAGCUGUUCGGGCCAGAGUCUGGGCCCUCGGCUGAGAAGUACAGCGCGGCGACGCAGCUGGCCGUCGGGGGUGUCACUGGAUGGUGCACGGGGCUCGUGUUCCGGAAGGUCGGAAAGCUGGCAGCCACGGCCCUAGGAGGAGGGUUCUUCCUCCUGCAGCUGGCAAGCCACACGGGGUACAUCAGAGUCGACUGGCAGAGACUGGAAAAAGACGUAAAGAAAGCCAAGGCGCAGCUGAAGAUCCAUAGGGGUCGGCAAAUGCCCACUGAGGUCGGGAGCAAAGCCGAGGAGUUCCCACGGACGGUGCCCAGUGAUCAGCAACGUUGGUGGCUACGGCCUCACGAGAGAGGUGUCAAUCAAAGAGAGGUGCCAAUCAGAGGUGCGACUCGUCUUUCCCUCCCAGAAUCCCUUGAGCGCUCGGCGCCAGGAGUGGGAAACCCGCGUGGGCCCUGCAGAUGCCGCUCUCUUCCAUGUCAAUCACGACCGGGUCCCAGGUGCUGCGAGUUGGGCCAUCGGCGUCCAUUGAGGGUUUGGUGGCUGCUCCCAAAGGCGUCACUUCCGGGCCCUGACUCUGCCCCUGCCCUCGCAUGGCGCUAACCUGUCCCGGUGAUGAUGACGCCGCGCUCUCCACAGCCCUUCCCUCGAAGCUCCGCUCUUGCCCUCCUCCCCCCACCCUUCCCCCCAUCCCGGAGGCCCAGGGUGGGCGGCAGCUGCGGUGCAGAAAGCGAUGGUCACGUGACACACGGAACUGAGGGGCGCCUCGCCUGCACACCCAGGGCUGGGAACUAAAACAAGGAAGCGGAAGUAUAAUCAUGUGUGAACCUUGAAGCGGAAGUACAAUCGCGCGUGUUCCAGGAAGCGGAAGUGAAACCGUGUAGCGGGUCAGGUUUCUGGCAGAAGUUGUAGGAGCAGCUCCUGCGCCCCCCUGACCUGUGAGGAAAAGGAAAUCACGUGAGGGAUUCUGACAUAAGAACCUCAGGGCGGGGCAAAUGAUGAACAGACACGCCUACUGUGGAAUGAUUGACAAGCACGGCUGAAAUGAUUGACAAGCACAUGAGUGACAAACAUGGCUGAAUGAUUGACAAGCACAUGACUGAUCAACAAGCACGGCUGAAAUGAUUAACAGAGACGGCUACCACUGAAUGACGCCGGAUCUGCCAGAGGCGGGACUUGUUGUCCAUGUACCGCCCCUCGGGGUAGAGCUGCCACAUGAGAGGCAGCGGUGAGGUCAGGAGGUCACGGGGCUUCGAAGCGUCACCCAGAGGAACUGGAACUCGCCGGACCCGAGCCUUUAGGGUGGCUGUGUCCUGAGGGGAAUUAAAGUUAAAAUUUAAAUUAAAUUAAAUUAAAAGCAUUAAAAUAUCUUUAAAAAAUUAAAAAAUUAAAAUAUUAAAAUUAGACUGAACCAA